CACUGAGAGAGCAGGCAGGUGCCAGCAGCAAGCACUAAGCAAUGGACUCCAGACCUUCUUGGGCCGGAGGUGUGGAUGAACCAGCAGUAACUGUUCUCAGAUCCAAUACCUUCUCCAGAAUGGCCCGUAGAACUAAUCAGAUCGCAGAAGACGUCACCAAAAUAAAGAAUCGUGUAGACAAGACGAUCCAGACCUUCGAAAGGACACAGGGCAUACCGAUUAAUAUUCAGAACACCGACAUGGAGAUCCUGGAAGAUUUGGACGAGCUGCAGAACAUCUUAAGAGAUCAUACCCAGAAGCGGAGAUAUCAGCAGACGGUCACCGUUUUCAUUGUAGGUUAUCAGGAGGCCUGUGGUCAGAGAAGGCACUUACUGACACAGCUGCAGGAGUUUUUCAGCCUGUAUUCGAAGAUGAGUGAAGAGAAGGAAGACUAUGAUUCGGAGGAUUAUGGUGUGGAUCUGGAUGGGAUUGUCGAUCAGAUGACCGGAGCGCUGAGAUCUGCGGAAACAGCGAUGUCUCGUCUGGUUGAUAUUCACACAGAAAUCAUGAGCAAUGUUAACAACACGCUGUCUGCAGCAACAUCCGGGAAACGUCAAACGUUCCUCUGCAGGAUCCGCAAGAAGUUGGAGAAAGCUGUGAAUCAGGCCAAAGAGGACAUUGUGAUGCUUACCGAUCAGCUCCUACAGGCUCAGGAAGACUUGACAUUAAAAGACCAACAGACUAAAGAUCUGUCAAAACAGAACGAAAAUAAAAUAUUUGAGCUCAACUACUUCAAAGGCCUGCUCGAGACAACUAAGAAAAGCUUACAAACUCUGCAGAAUGAGACUGCAAUACAGCGCUCUCUUCUUGAUGCUGAAAUAAGGAUGCAGGCACAACGUCUGGAAGAGCUAGAGAAUCAGGUUUCAGGAAAACAGUCCAGCGAUAUAUCUACCCAGUGGGAAGACCUUGAUUCUACAUUUAGAUGUGACAAAACUGAGUUUUCUGUUCCAAAUGAAGAGGAAAAUAUAGUACAAGAAACGGAGAAAUGUCCUCCAUGGAAUGUUAAGCCAUAUUCUUCAGAAACCAUUUCUGAACACGGAGACGUUCUAGACGAUGGCCGGGUUCCUGUAGACCCCAGCCGUAGUGAUGUGCAUAUUGUAUCAUACACUGAGGAGAGUGAACACAUUUUGACUUCAAUCCCUGUGUAUGAAGAGAACACUAGAUUAACACCUGAUCAGUCUGAGGAUACAUCUAUCCUUACAUCACUUAUUUUAGAAAAAGGAAGCAACAUUGUAAUUACAUUACACCCCCUAUCUGGGAAGAACAAGUUGGCUAUUACAUCAAUACGUGUAUCUGAGGACAGCCAACUGCUAAUCACAUCACAACCUUCAGCUGAGGAGAUCCUCCAUACUACAAGAUCACAUUCUAUGUCUCGUGCCAGUUAUUCCUCUGUUACAUCAUUUCCUGGUGAAGGUCCAGACAAUAUUGAGGAUAUCGAAAUAUGCCCUAUUACACCAUUUACUGAUCCUGAAGGAACACCACAAAACUUCAUAACUCCUACAGCUACUGAGCAGGAACUUGUAAACAUUGCACCAAUAUCUGUGCUCGAGGAUGGUAGAGAUACGCUUUUAUUGCAUUCUGAAUGUGAAAAGACAGAUCAAGCUGCCACAUCAUAUCCAGACGAGGCCCAUAAUCAUCCACCAUUGCCUGAGCCUAAUGAGAUGAGUAUUAUUACAUCCCAUCCUGUGACAGACAUGAGUACCCCCAUUCCUGCAUCACUUCCUGCGUCUGACAAAAUGGCCGUGCUUCCUUUAUCACUUCCUGUUUCUCAAGUGAAGAUACCUCACCCGCCUGAUCAAAGUGUCAAUUCAGAUAUUUCACUUAUUCCAGAUAAAAAUAACUUUAACACAACAUAUCCCAUGAAUGAAGGAUACUCGGGCCUAAUGACAUCAGUUCCUGAUUUAUUUAAAAUUAAUGGAGAUCUUGCAUUUAUAAGUGUGACUGACGAAGACAAGAUAAUCCCUUUAUAUACAUUACGUUCUGACAAUGACAUGAAUGACUACCCAGUUACGUCACCGCCAGGACCUGACACAACAAACCGACUUAUUACAUCAUUCAAUAUGGAGAACGAGAAUGCAAGAAGCAUUGUACCAGAUUCCAUGUCUGACAAUAGCGCUCACCCUGAUGCAAUACCUCCUGCUCCUUUAAAUGAUACCCAGUCUGUCAAAUCACAUUGUGGUGUUGAAAAUGAUGCUCGACCUACUGCAUCACCAGUUGUAGCAAACAUUUAUAUACCUGAUGAAGGUAUGGAUUCAUCAGGACAUGAAGGGACCCUCGAAGAAGAUAAAAUGGUCCAGACUGAAAUCAUUCUCCACGCCGAGAGAGAAGAUUUAUCAAGUGAGGAUAUCCAGAACGAGCUGUGCCAGGUCUCACAAAGGAUAAGGAUGUGCAUCCAGGAGAUAAAGCAGCUUCUAAACUCUGCAGGCUAUGACUUUCUGAUUGAUGGUUUGAAUGCUGGUGUCCAGAAUUUAAAUGAAGAUGGGAUAUCUGGUAACCUAACACAGCUCGAAAAUGUCCCUGCAGUAUUGUUCAGUUUGCUACAAAGGAACACAGAAGCAAUGAUCGAUGAAAGUGUCCAAAACGGCUUUAAAAAAACUAUCCACAAGGUGGCAGCAAUGGACAGUGACCUCCACGCACACUCAGCACCUGUUACACAAAGCUGUAGACCAGUUGAUAAGCAAAUUAAAAGUCCUAUAAUCAAUGAAUAUAACGAUUUUCACACAUUGAAGUUUUCACGGCUUGAUGAGAAAUAUAAUAAAUGGAUUCUAAAGAGGGCGGCAGAACAGGGAGAUAUCCCCUUUCAUGCAUUCAAGGAUGCCUGCCGAGGGAUGUCUCAAUAUCGGCAGCUGGUGCAGGAGCGCAUACGGUCCCUUGUAAGAGGAUAUUUGCUGUACAUAUCCUGGGAUCGAGCCGAGACACUAUUAAAACAGCAAACUAGCCACAAGUUGCGAGCUUCACACACGCUGAGUAAAGUACAUGACAAAAAGCAACAGACGUUGCUGCGAUGGAAACAGCAGAGGACGCAGAGCCAAGAUGAACGAUUGCAUGUUUUGUCGUCCUUAAACCAAAUGUUUCAUGGUCUGCAGGAAGAAAGUGGGAUAUUCUUAAUCAAACCAGUGCUGUCUUGGACUAGAAGCUCAACAGUGUUGGAGGGGCAGAGACAACCACACCUCCAGGAUAAGGCAUUCCAAAAAAGAUGUUGUAGUUUCAACAGUGCCUCUGUGGACCAGAUUAAAGACAUUCUUACGUGCAGCGGCAAGUACCGAAGUGUGGUCCCCAAGCAGUGGAAUUACAUGCACACUCACAAGGAGCUGAGACCCUUAGUCGUAACUCCCAAAUUAUUGGAAAUGGAUGUGCACAGAUACUUGUGCAAUGAAUGUUGUGUGAUGUCAAAGAUCCAUAAUUAUCCCUCCCGUUUCCCUCACGUGUCAUCCACUCCUUUAAGAAACAUGCUGGGGGUCCGACGUACAUCCGUUUUCCCUGCAUUGUGAAUUUUGGAUGCAAGGAGCUCAAA